GUUCGUUUCUAACCAAGGAAGUGCGGGCGUCACAUCACUUUAAUCGGAUAUUGGAGGUCAGGGCGUUCUUUCGCUGCAUUACCGAAAGAAAGUGGGAUGCAGACCAGCACCAUGGAGCAAGCGCCUGCUCGAGCCUCCUUCAGCACCAGGACCCUGCUGCACCCCUCCUUCAUGGCCCUCUGCUCACCUGCUGGCCUUCACGACACUCGCCCCUGUGUUGCGCCCAUGAUCCCAGAGGAAGUGUUCUAUACUGACCCCAUUAUGACCCAGGGCACGAGGAUCCUCAACACAAUCAGCAAGUGGAAGGAUUCCGGUGGUUUCCGGCUCAACACCCCCACACCAGUGAUGUCCCACUGUCCAGCUCCACCCAUCACUCCAGACCCGUUCAGGUCUGGACACCACCCUGUUCGGGAACUUGGAUGCCCCACCUGGGUCCAGCACUCACGCCACGUACCGCAGAACCAACUUAUCAUCCAGCUCACCCAGGAGGAAGACCUGGUCAUCACCAGCCUCCUUGCGCUGCGCUACCAGUAUGACGAGACCCCUGCUUCUCCCCAGACGGAGCCUCCAAAUCCUUCAGAAUCACACGUGACCAGUCCAAACCUCCAUGGUGAGGCGGCCUCAGCAGAAACAGCUGGUCUGGUGAAUGAUUUUGAGCAGGACAGGCAUGGGUCACAGCCGGAGGAAGCGCAGUCUCUUCUCAGUGGGUUCAACCACACAGAAGACUUGAGGAUCCAGAGUCUUUGGACUGGGUCUUCUGACAGGGAAGGUCCAGAGCCAGGAUCCUGUGUCACAGUUUCACCUCACAGUAGAUCCUGUGUGUUUCUAGAGGUCAAGGAUGCCCUGAGAGAGUUCAGACUUUCAGACUCUGAGAGAGAAGCAGUGCAUGUUCUGCUGACUCUUGAUGGGGUGUAAACAUGUGACCCCAUCGUUCUCCAGUGGUAUUGCAAACCAUCGCUCAUAUCCAAUGUAAAAUUAGUUCAUAGAUGUUUUGCAGGACGACUGAGGAGCCCAGAGUGACUUCCCAUCAUGUGUGACUCAUGCAUCUGGCUCUCUGUCCGGUGGACGCUGCAUAGCUCAUCUUUAGCGUCACACCUUUAUUUUGAAGUUGCAGGUUAGUCAGCAUGUCACCAUUUCCUGUUCAGCUUUCCCUCCCUCCCUCAGGAGUUCCAUCCAGUACGGAGCGUUGACAGCCAUGUCACCUGUGCACUCUUAAAAACAAGUGUUGCACCAUGAAAACCAGUCACUUCCUAAAAAGACAGAUUUAUUAAAAGCACCACUGUUAUUCAGAAGGAGGUGAUCAUUGACAACAGUCUGUACAUCCACAGUGGCUUCGAGACAAACGCACACAGAUCUGUAAACGUGUUUUCACUGGUACCUUCACGCAAACUGAGCUUGGGUUUUAAGAGAGGCACUUCCUGUUUGACCUUGUGAGUUACAAGAGUUCCUUUUGUUGAGCGAGUCUCUUACGAGAUACUUGUCAUAUCUUCUGCUCUGAUGACAUCAUGGCCCAACAAGUGGCACGCAGAGGCGUAUGAAAAUACACGUUUCCUCUCACCGACACGCAGCAGCCCUGACCAAUGAAGUCUCUUGGUCCUAAUUCAU